AUGACCGACCUGCGCAAGCUCGAGGCGCUCCAGGCUCUUCAUGCGGAGCUGGUCGCCGUCCGCCAGCACCGUUUUGAGGGCUUGCAGGUGCUGGAAACCCUCCUCGAGGAGCAGACCGAUGCCUUCAAAGCGCUGAUAGCGAAACCUGCGCGAGAUACCAAGGAUAGGGAGGCGUUGGGGAAAGAACCCAAGAAGCUCAAGAUCGGGGAGGAAGAGUAUUCCCUGAACGAAGAUUUCGUAAACGACUGCUUAAAACUCGCCGACGAGCUCGACCUCAACGAAAAGGAGUCUGCGCGGAUUCUCAUCGACUGUGAUGCGGAGGGAGAUGUCGAGACCCAGAGCCGUCCACUGUGGGAAUGCGGCGUGAUUCGUUUCCAUCAAGAGCGGAAGUACCUCCUUGAUUGCAUGCGCCUAAUACUCGAGAUAGCAGCAGACGAAGACAUCGACGCGGGAUUGCAGGAGUCGUUCGGCGUCGCGGCUGAGGACAAGAUCUUUGGGAUCCCUCCUCCCUGGGAAAGGAACAAAGAAAAUCAGCCCACUCAGGUCAAGAAGUUCAUUCCAAGAUGCAUGGAGGCGAUGAAGGGUGUACGCUCCAUGCUUCAGUGCAUGGCCGACAAGGCCAACGCCCGGAACAUGCUGCAACAAGCCAGCCUCGUCAGGCCCUUGGACAACCAGGAAACUCUGGACUUCUCACGGCUAAGCCUUGUCGAGCAGCACGAGUGCUUGGCUUCCAUCUUGCACGCGGCUGUCCAAAGACACCACGCCACGAUCGCCGACUUCCAAGAUUUCAUCAAAAUCCUUAGGAAAUGGGAUAAGUAUGACCAUUUCCUGAUUCACCUGAUCCCAGUCCUAGCCGCGUACAUCACCGAGUUCGGCUCGCCCGAGGGGAUGGGUGACCUCCAACAAGCGCGCAGGUUGAACGAUUUUAUCUGUAAGGGGGGCGAUGAGGACUCUUGGGCUCUGCCGGUUCUCGGGGCUGCUGUCCGCGCUUGGUGGAUAGCCGAGCACAAUGGUUUCUAUCUGGACGACACGGUUCAGGACCUCCGGGGCAUCAACCUAGAUGAGGAGGAUGAACAGAGGACGAAACAGUUCCUGGACGCGCUAAAAGAGGGCGCUUUUGACUUCAUCUUAUCCGUAGCCGCUGACUGCAAAGCUCAAGAAUGGCAGGAUCCAUCACAGCUGGGGGCGCGUCAGUGGUUGCAGCGCAAGAUUCCAUCUCUGCCCUCUGAACCUUUCCCUUUCAGCCACUUCCUGCAGCAUAGUUUGAUGGUGCACUUGGAAGGCUUCGUCGAUGCGACCAUCUCGAACCUACCGGAUGUCCUUCGAAAGCUAAGGACAGAAGAAGACGAGCAGCGACAGCUGAGGCCGAACCACGAGCAAGAUAUGGACCUGGAGCGCUUCUUGAUCAUCAUCUCCUAUGCCUAUGAAGGCAGACCAGACGCGGCCAUGUCUUUUUGGGAAGAUCCAGAUAGCAACCUUGCCGGCUUCUUGCAAUGGGCGUCCAGGCGCGCGUCGACACCGCUCGUCAGCGCGUUCUGUGAGAUGCUUCGGUGUCUAGCUGACAAUGAGGAAUGCGCCACCGCCGCUCACAACUUCCUUCUCGAUGAGGGUCACCAGGCGUCCGGCAAGAUGAAGCGCUCACAGUCUCUGACAUGGAGCCAGAUCUUCAAGGAGCUGGAGUACUUCACCACGAAGGUCUGCUCCGAGAGGCCCAAUCCGCCCCAGGCUUCUAUGCACCGUCCCGGCCGGCCCGGCGCGGAUCCUGCUGAGAUCGAGCCCGAGUCGGCCCUGAUGUUGGAGUGCUAUCUACGGCUCAUUGCAAAGCUCGCUACCGAAAGUGAAAUCGCUCGCAAGCGGCUGAUCAUGGAUGAAGACUUCAACCUGGUCGACACCAUCCUCAAGCUCUCCGUCGGAGUUAUCCCGCAUCGACUCCGCGCUUGCAUCUUCUAUGUUCUCAAAGCCCUCAUGAUUCGAAAGACGCACGAAGAACUAGACGCGAUGUGGAGAUGGGUCGAGGCGUGGAUGACCAAUCCAUUUAGUUCCCUCCCUGGCUCUCAGGGGGCGCCCCAGAGGAUAUCCUUCCUCGGCCAGACACCCGGUCCUCAGGAGUGCAUGGAAAUGAUGUUUAGGGAGUUUGGCACCGGCUUCGAACAGUCAAAUGCCUUUAUUCAGCUUCUCACCACUCUGUUGGUGCCACCAGAAGGCUUGAAUAGCCUAAACGAUUCGGUGCCGUUCCCGGAGUGGUUGGGGUCGAGCAUUCGAACCUUGGGUAUCGAGCCGUAUGUUGACUUUGUCUUCGAUGUCUUUGCCAACAGGACCAAGGACAUCUCUGAUCCCUCGCAGCUCCGGAUUCUGCGCCUGAGCUGCUUGGACUUUGUUAUGGUCUGCCUGGUCACCUUCAACGAGGAUCUCAUUGUUCUGGGCCAUGAGAGCAACAUUUCCAUUGACGAUGCUAUGGCUGCGACCAACCUGGCCACGUACGUGCGCCUUCAUCCCUUCAGCCGUGUCAUGGAAUGGCUUUUCAAUGAGAAAGUCAUCACGUCCCUAAUCAACACCAUUCAUCAAGACCCGAUCAGCUUAGGCAGCGCGUCCCCUGAUUCCCCGCUGGUUGUGUCCAUCCUCCGGGCCAUCCAAGUUAUGAUCAAAGCGCUUGAGCUUCAAGAGACGUACCUGCACCUGGUGCGACCGGAAGUCCUCCGGUAUCAAGGAGAAGCGGGUGUGCGGCGGAAGCCAGUCGCCAAUGCAGCUUAUAGCGCCUUCGAGGACGGCAUUCUCAGCCACUUGUCCUUGGUGGUUGACCUGGGUAAGUAUUGCAACCUGGGUCACGCCGAGCUGACGCUGGCCUGCUUGAAGCUGCUCGAGAAGAUCUCAACAUCCAGCCGGAUUCUUUCCGCCUGGAGUCCCGACUCCGGCCGCCUCGGCCAUCGCAAUAAGGCCAUUGUCCAGCUCGAGAGGAACGGCGAGGGAGAGACGAUCUCCGCCUCGCUUUCUGCGAGUAUCAUGGCUACUCUCGAUCCGGCCCUUGCCGCGUCAGGAGAGAACUACAGGGUCAAGCUCGCCAUUUUGGACUUUCUCUAUGCGUGUUUACGGGCCACUCCCGACCAGCCAACGAUUGCUCACCAGCUGUUGGGCUUCCACUGCGAGCUUAGCAAGCUUGGCAUCGAGCCCAAAGGCCCCUUUGACAUGCAGAAGUCGUUAUUCCAUAGCCUUCUGAAUGUCUUGAUCACGCUUACGGUGUCCGAGGAAGAGCAGGGUAUGCGCGGGUAUCUGGUUACGCUUAAGUACCGAGUUCUGCGUAUUCUACAGCUUUUGUGGAAGUCACCGCUAUCGGCGUCGCUGGUCAUGGACGAGCUACGGGCAACUAACUUCCUCUUCCACAUGCUCUUGAGGGAAGUUCAGAUCCAGCCUCAGCUGCCCUGGGAUGGCCAGCUGGUCACAGGUUGCGAGUUCCUGCUCUCAGAUGCUUCUCUGGCCUAUAUCGACUAUCUCGCCUCACGAGCGGCUAUCUUUGAGUACAUCGGCAAGGAGCUGUGCAGCGUCUCUCAGAACCGGAUACCGUCCAUCAAGCGGCAAAUCUUCGACGCCCUGAAUGGUCAGAUUUUUGUUGACGAGGAGGCGCCGCUUACCAUCCCCAGCAUUUUCGACUUCUUUGAUUUCAUCAACACCGACUACAAGUGGGAGGAAAUUCCUUCUCCGCACUUUACUUACCUGAAGGACCUCGAUCUGGGACCGUGCAUCCUGGAGCACAAGUAUGCUGGAGUGCACUAUGACAUCCGCAAGGCUCAAGAGAUUCUUGCGCUGAAGCGCAAGGAGUAUGAGCACUCGCAGCUGGCCACUCCGGAGUUCCUAGAAACAGUUGAGCUUGAAGAAAAAGUGCUGAUCGAGUGGCUCACUGUCCGCAACCGUGCCAAUCUGCUAUUGACAGCAAGGCUGAACUUGCUCCAAGCCUGGGCUAAUUUGCUGCUCGUGAUGAUUGAGUCAAACGAUUUCAAGAGCACGCCUAAAAUGGCGUUCUUGCUGCAAGCUCUCCAAGCCAUCUUACCAACGCUGGAGGCCUUCAGCUCUCUGAAAUCGGACGAAGCCUUUGAGCUGGCUCGGGUUGCUAAGGUGCUACUCUGGAAGCUUGACUUCUCCCAAGAUAGCGACGCAGGUUUGGACAGGGAGCAGUUCACCGUUGGAAAUCUCAUCGGCGACAAACUGUUCCAGCUGUUCCAGCUCUGCUUGAGCGCCAUCAGCCAGUGUUCGGGCACUCCUGAGCUUCGGUCCCUGUACUACAGUAUCUGCUACCGUUAUCUGACCGCCGUCGUGGACAACGACGCUACCGUCGCUGCAACCCCUGCCAGCAGCACCAUCGGCCCGACCCGCAGUGUUACCAAUGCGCGCGCUCGAACCCUUAAGGCGAUCACCCUAUACGGCGACCGUCUGCUCAACGUCAUUUGCGACGACGCCUACGGCAGCGACACAACCUGCCAGACGGCCGCUAUGAUCCUGCUCAAUGCGCUCGUACACACUUCGCGUGCCUCUUCCGCUGCCGGGGUCUCUCCAGCCGAUGUCGACUGCCCCAUCAUCGACGCGCUCAACCGCCUCAACUUCAUCGGCGUGCUGGUCGACUCGCUCAAAGAAAUCCUCAACGAGUGGCUCGCUCCAAGCAGCACUUUCGACCCGUCGCUCUCUACCAACGCCUCUCCCUCAUUACCAAUCCCAGCCUCCCCCUCACAACAAUACACCUCCGCCAAGCUGGCUCUCCUCCUGCAGCUGUGCCAGACGCGCCAGGGAGCCAAGUACGUCCUCCAGGCAAAUCUCUUCCGCGCUCUCGAGCAGUCAGGUGUCUUCGCUGCCGACCCCGAGCUCGUCGAAGUCGACUCGGAGAGCGGCGUGCCCCGUGUGGUUGCCCUGGAGCGGCACUAUGCCCUGCUCGUCGCCCUAGCACGCGUUGUCGGCGCAGCGGUGACGGCGCGCGGUGCUCACAACAUCGUGCAGGGGCGGAAGUUCCUGACUCAGCAUCGCGGGCUGGUUGUGCACGUGCUGAAGAAGAACGCGGGCAUCGGGGGCGGCGUCGUGGGCAACAGCCUCGCCAGCAGUAUCAAUGGCGGAUCAACAGCAACGAUGACGAGGAGGGACGAGAUUCUUGCGCAGCAGGCGCUAGAGGAGAGGAUUGAGGAACUGGCGGAGGCGUUUAUGUUGUUGAUCACUGCGACGGGGUUCUUGGAGUACGAAUCCGAACAAGUCCCAAGUGAGCAGCCUCGGGCGCACACAACAUUCUUCCAUUAG